ACAUGUCAGGCCUGGAGCACGGGUUAGUUGUAGUAAAGGUCUGAUGUGGGAUGUCAUAGGAUUGGACUGCUGAAUGAGGUGGUGUGGUUUUCUUAAAACAGGGAAAGGUGAGUAAAAACAGCCCGCAAAAAUAUCGGGGCCAAUAGCAGAUGGUGAGGGGAAGGUCCUGACUCUCGAAGACCUCAUUGAGGCAAUGGAUAAGUGGGAAAGGACGCCAAGCAAUGUCCCCAAGGUUAAUACUUUCCACUUCAAUGGGGAACGAGUUUCUGAUUGGCUGGACUUCGUGGAGCAAGCCUUGGAGGGGUUAUCGGAUGAGGUAAAAUUUCAGCGCAUCCUGACGUAUGUGCUUCAUGUCCAACAUCAAAAGGUGACGAAAGUUCUAAGGGCGGCCAAUGGUAGGUGGGCCAGAUUCAAAGAUGGAAUGCAAAGGAAGUAUAGGCUAGGCGAUGAUGGGUUGUUGACCACGACAGAUCUGAAAGCCAUGAACAGGGACGACUUUACCACUGUGGGGGCGUUCAUGCAGGAAUUCAAGAAGAAGGCAAGGAAAGUUCAUGGCAUCUCAGAGGAAGCCCAACGUGCUAUCUUUUUGGGGUUGCUCACUGCCGCGGAGGCUGCAGAGCUAACGAGCCAUGGGGGAGGAAGCGAGAAGCUUACAUGGGCCAUUAUUGACAAGGGCGUGGCAGAGGGAAGUCUGGACGAAGUGGAAUAAAAUACAGGCCCGCGAAGCAUAAGAAACCGACCCAAUCCGGGCUCAUUCACGAUUGAGGAUUCAGAGGGCGAGCCCCGGAGACUCCUUGCGGAACCAGAAGAGGAGGAAAGAGUCGAGGCGUUUUCCCUCAGCUUGUCGGACGUGAAUAAGGCCAUGAACAUAGUGGCCACACACGAGAUGGCGGAUCCAGACGCCAUCCAGAUACUAAGGGAACAGGAUCUGCAACGGUUGAAUGGGGUGACUGUGCGAGAUGCGGGAGGGUUGCCCAAUGCGGAUGCGCUAUCUGAAUCCUGUGUUGGAAGGUCUAUAAUCUCACUUAUAGACGUUUACUCCGGAUAUGACCAAUUUCCGGUCUAUCCGCCAGACAGGAUGACGAGUUUGAGGAGGGGGAGACCAAAGAAGCAUUUCGUGCAGAGGAGUCCUGACUUUACAAAGACAGCCAUGAGAAGAGGAGGGAGGGGGACGUGGCCGACACGGAGGCCGUUGGGGGCAUCAAGAGGAUACAAGCGGCAUCAUUCUCACCACCGAGAGAGUACGCCGGUAUAUGAGGAUGGAGAUAUUGAGUUGUUCCUGGACAAUUUCUGGGGGUAUGCGGAGCAUAUGGGCUGGACCAUUACCCAAGCGAUCGAGAGGCUGAGAGGAGCCGGCAGGUUCGCGGAGCCCAUUGCACAGACUCGUAGGGAGGCAAGGACGAGGCCAAAGGUGGAGGCGAGGAUGCAGGAGCUACGACCAUCACCUGUGGGACCUGAUGGCAGACCGAUAUGCCUGGAGAUCGGGAAUGCGGAAGAGUUCAUCCCCGCCUUCGAGCGGUUCAUGCAUGGCCAGGGCAUACUGAGGGAUGAGUGGGCGAGAGCGUUACCCCUGUGGGCCAGAAAGGCAGAGAGGCCCCUGGCUAGGCAGUGGAGAGUACUGCCGACAAGUGCAAGAUGUGACGAGCCGGCAGAAGAAGUGCCACGAGAGGAGGUUCAGGACUCUGAGCGGGAGAGGAGGCCGAGUACUGAGAGGGGACAUGUUGUAAAGGAGGUGAUAGAGGUUGAGAAGGAUACUCCGCCUCAGACGCCGGCUGUGGGACUGAGACUUGGGAGCACGCCAGAGAGCGCACACGGCAGAAAGGAGGGAUUACAGCAAGAGGAGAUCCCACUACCACCGCCAGAGAUGGUCCCUUUGCAAGGAGGAAGGGUGGAAAGAGAGAGAGAGAGAGAUGACUGGAGGAGAGAGGCCCUGGCUAUGAUUGACAGGCACCUGGCUGCACAUGCCCUAGAGCACCCUGACCUGCAGGAGCCCGUACCUAAGGAGCCACGCCAGGAGCCGCGUCAGGCCGAGAAAGAGAUGGGAGCGGAGAUUCCAGAGAGCGUCGACCAUCGCUCGAGGGAAAGAGUGUCAGCAGGGGAGACGGCUAAUGAAAAGCGCGCCAGUGUAGGGAAGUGUUUGGAGGAAAUCUGGCAGGAGAGACAGAGAUUGGAAGAGGCAGGGGCACUCCCAGACCAGCCACGACCACCCCAGCCAUACGGGAUCGAGGAGAUAUGGGAUGAAUUCCUAGACCAGCAUGGCGAGGGAUUGACGGCUCCAGAAAAUGCAAAAGUUGGGACUUCGAAGAAGGCAGAUAAGUACUUGGAUCGGAAGAUUCGCAUCUUGGCCAAGACAUCUUUCGAUAGAUAUAUGAUGUUGGAAGCUGAUCUGAGAGGGAAGGAGAUGAAGGAGAUGAGCCAUGGAAUACGUAUGGAGGCAGUUGAGGCUGAGGUCCGAGAGCUCAGAGCGCCAUUCGCAGCCGAGCUUCAGCAGGAGUCGUCCAUGGGAAGGGCCAUCUUGGAGGCUGAGGAGGCGAAAGCAAAGAGAGGGGCAGAGAGAGAGGCCUUCGAGUUCAGAGCCCCUACUGAACUCGCCACACUGCCUAUAGUAGCAGUGGGACCUACCAUGCCGCUAUCAGUCGAGGAGGGGCAGCCGAUGGCCAACGACGAGCCUGUCCAAGGCUCAGCAGAAGAGUCUAUGGAUGUGCUCCUUGAAGCAGUCCACACUAUGCAGGAGGAGGCAAGCUUAUUUUCACCUGAGCAGAGGGUAAAGGAGCCUCCUGAGAGUGAGAUGGGGAUUGCGAUAGAAGGCGUCAUUGAGGGCAGGCCCCAUAGGUUGGAUACACCUGAGUAUAGGCCAGAGGGGGUUGGGAUACGACCAGGGCUUAGCACUCAGGAGUUGGGGACAGGACCUGAGGAGCCUAUGGACGUACCUCGGAAUUACGAGCUGGGCAGAGAGGCCAGUGAGGCACCAUCAUCACCAGGGUUUCAGAGGGAGAAGAAGAAGUCCAAGAAGUGGUUUGGCGCAUCCUACUUCUUUUGGAAAAAGGAAGGCCAUCGAGCCUUGCAGUGUCCUAAGUUCUUAAAGGACCUGGUUGAAGGGAAGGUCACGAAAAGCGGCGGAAAAAUGUAUGAUAGGCAGGGUAGGGAAGUAGAGCGAUCUGCCGAGGGCUCAGUUGUACAAGGAAAACCAGGAGGAGAUGAGUGAGUAGGGACUGGUUUGCCUAAAUAGAGGCAGGCAUCAGGCGAUGUCUAGUAAGGUUGAGAUAAACCUGAAUUGAGGGU